CAAUAUUCGUGCGAUUCGUACUAUGGCUCUAAGAUCUCAGCAUAGAUUUUUGACGCAUAACACAUAGUGCAUAAGAGAAUCAACCAGAAAGUUCCUCUUUUUCCUGUGAAAUAGAAGGGAAGGAAAGAUACUGAUUAAUUCCCUUAUGCACUAUAUGCGUUAUACAAAAUAAUGGUAACGUUCUCAGCUCUGUUUAAUUAUACAAGUGUUUAUUCGUAAUACAUAAACACAUAUGUAUAUAAGUAUAUACAUAUAUAUAUUAUACAUCUGUUUGUAAUACGUCUAUUAAAUCAAAAUGGCUAUAUUAAAAAUGCUGAAGCGUACCCUGUGCAGAAACAUUGCAACAAACGGAUCGAGAUUCGUGGGCAUAAUAGGACCCUUAACAAUUCCACCAUUACAGAUUGCAAUUUUAUAUUAUUUCUGGCAGGAUUAUUCGAGGAUCGUGGAUAAGCGGUACUGCUCCUGCUCGUGCUGGGACACUGUCUUUAAAGGCUCAUACGAAUCCGGCAUCGCUCCUUACAAACACAUGUACUUUAAUGCUACUUCGAAUAUGUUGAAAAUAUGGAUACUCAUCGUCAUUGGAGUAAUCGUGUUUUACGAAACAAUGAAACAUUUGGCGAAACUGGCCAUCAAACAGAGACUAAGACAGUCUAUGAUGCUCCUCUUUUCAACCGCUCUGUUCUCCAAUUACUACUCGUGGUGGGUCUAUAUUAAUUACUGGAACGACGACUUCUACUCUCAGUGGUACCACCAGUUGUUUUUUACAAUUACUGAAUUAAUAUCUACGGCUUGGGUUGUCUCCCUUGCGGAUAAGAAAAAUCCAAUCACACACAGAAAGGCUUUCGGCAUUGCUGCGAUAGCCUUUUUACAUAUCGUGGCUGGUGGGUGGGACCAAUUCUUUGAAAAUGUCGUUAGAGGAGAGGGUCACGCACACCAGGUCAUACGCGAUUUGGGCUUUAUGAUACCGGAUAUUCUCCAAGUCAUCGUUCCAUUAUGGCUGAUUAAACGGGAAAGUAUUUACAAUAUCCAUCUUCCUAACUCAUUAGCGUAUAUGUCAAGUAUCGUGAUGAUCGGAUUGUGCAUUUGGUCGUUUCUAUUGUAACGAUAUCAUUAGAAUAACAUAAUAAUGCGCAAUGAACGACAACAAAGUGAUUGAAAAAUUAACAAUAUUGUCGUGUCUCUGGAGUUCUACUACUUUGGUCCUCUUGAUAUGAGUACAGUUGACCUAAGGAAAAUCAAUACGGGUUAAUAGACUGAGUUUCGCUCGAGCUGCCAUUAUGUUUCCGCUGAGGCUCUGUAUUUUCCCGCACAAUAAAGUUAUGAUGAAAUCACACGAUGCUCAAUUUCUUGAAUAAUAAGCAUGCAUGCAUAUUUAUCAUUCAAGAAAUUGAGCAUUGUGCACUGAAAGAAAAGAUUGGCUGAAGAUGGCAUAGCAUUUUUAAUUGGUUCCAGCAAUUUUUGAUUGUGUUACGAGUUGCAUUAGCUUAUCAAAAUCCUAUAUUAAUAUUGCAGAUAGGCUAAAGCAACCAAAAAUUGACUAUUGCAGACAAUUAAAAAAGCUAUAUUUUACCAUCUAGUUUAAUUAUUGCAGCAGCCAAUCUUUUUUUUCAAUGUAUGAUUCUAUUUUUACCGUUAUGUCUUUCCUACAGGAGCAGUAAUUUUGUACGGGAGCGCGAGUGCAAGUGAACGAUUUUCAUGAAACGCGUGUGAGUUACUGAAAUGAUUGCAAGGGUAAAUAUUGAAAGGGAGUCAUCGCCGUUGCUUCGGGGCAUACAAUUUUCCAAACAAAGCAUUUUCCACCCCAUCUCCUAGGUUUUAGCCAUCGCUCGUUAUUCGUUACAAAAGUAUUAACAGUUAAAGCUAGUAAUUAUUUCCCUGCUUUUUUUACAUGAAGAGUCAGAUGACUUCAAACGAGCAGAGAGGUAUGAGGUGGACGAAUUCAAGGAAUAUAAUUUUCCACGCGAACGACAUUCACCCCAUCUCCCUCUCUGACAAGAUGCGUACGACCAUGCGUGCUUUAAUGAAAAAUCGUACGCACCUUGUCAGAGGGGAAAGUGGGGUGAAAGUCAUUCGCGUGGAAAGUUAUAUUCCUUGAAUUCGACCACCUCAUACCUCUCUGCUCGGUUAAAAUUAUCUGAUUCUUCAUGCAGGAAAAUAAUUACUAACUUUAACUGCUAAUAAUUUUUUAAUGAAUAACGAGCGAUGGCUAAAACCUUAGCGAAACCCAAAGCCAAUGAGAUGGAGUCGCUUCGCACGGGAAGUCAUACACUCUGAAGCAGGGGGGAGGUGGGGUGAAAGUCUCUUCGCAUAGAAAGUCGUGCGCCUCUACAUAUAUGAUGAUCGCUAUUCGGACAGCGAUAACUAGCGCAUGCAUAAUAACUGUUAUUGCGAAGUAAAAAUUUUUUCUCGGCACAGUAAUCAUCGCUGCGCAGUUUUCUCCGUGUAUGCACUAUUGUAUAAAAACAAAAAUUAUAAGAAAAUAAUGUUUUCAAAGAAAAUUUUUGUUUUUAAAACAGGAAAUUUAUUUUAAAGCAGAAAAUUUUUGUUCUAUCCUCCAUCUCAAUAUUUAUCCUUGCAAGUUCCGGUACGAGAAAGU